UUUCCAGACUGACGCAUUUCCUAACGUCUCUAUGUGAUGUGUAUUCGAACUUGUUGUAGCAAUUCAUUUGUUUUCUAUAUACGUUGUCCCGUCUUACCUCUUUAUCCUAUCUUGCCCCGUAUUCCCCUAUUCUCUUUAUUUAACUGCCGAACGGUUAGAGCGGAACCGAAGUGAGGCGUAGUACCCAGCGAGCGUCAGGUGUCGGGUGAUUAUAGUUACCGCUAGCAACGAAAAGUUUGGGGUAAUAGUAUGACGUAAUGUGGUUAUAAUAAGUGUUGUUAACAUUACGCUUCGUUCGAACAUAAUUUAUAUUUCGCUUUAAACAUAUAAGUAUAAUAGGAACGAAUAUGGCGUGUUCUCUCAACAAAAUGACAAACGAGAUAAAAUUGGCAGUAGAAUGUCAACAGUUCUAUUACGAACUUUUGCCCGACUGGUUUCAGCACGAUGCCAGAAAUUAUAAACUUAUGAAACAUAAAAUUGGAUAUGCACUUUUUGGACCACCUGACAUUGAUAAAAAUAUGACCAUUUUAACUACGUUUGAAAGCUCUGUAUCAGAAAACGAUCAGCUGGAUAAUAUAUUUGACACUGUAUACGAUAAGAAUAUGUGUAAAGCUAUAAAUGCAAUAUAUGUACAAAUAAUGAACCAUGGAAAAAGGUGUUCUGACAAUUUUAUUUAUCUUGGAGUUAUAUUCAACAUAAUACUUCUGCAUAAAGAUUCCAAGAAAUUGUCAAAAGAAAAUGAUAAGUCAUGCAAAGAGGCUAAUUCUAUAUGUGCAUUACCAGUAUUUAAAGUUAAAAAGGACAAUUCUACUGUAUGGUACAUUGACAGCGAAAGCAGAGUCUAUGAUAGUUGGAAUGAUUAUAUAAAAAAUAAUACAUUACCUAAGUGUACAAUGGUUUUUCCUAAAGAUGGGUUUUAUCAAUGCAAUCCAUUCUAUACAAUCACAAAAUAUACGUCAUCUGUAUGGGUUGAAUCAAUGGACUCACCUGCUUGUUCUGCAAGAAACACAGUUCUCAAAGGUAUUGAUGUUGCUGCAAAUGUAGUGUCUGUUUGCGCUGGUGUUGGACUUGGUAUUACAAGUCUUUUGACCCCUGUUGCACCAGUUUUGCUUACUGCAGGUGUAGUUCAUGCUGGUGUAAGUGGAUCAUGGAUUGUUGGAAGAAAUGUACAAAAAUUAGUAGAUCUUGCUACACACAAACAAUCUGUUAAUGUAACAAAUAAAAAUGCAUUCACCGCAUGGCUUGGAAUAGGCAGUUCAGUUUUAACAUUUGGAGCAAGUGGAGGAACUAUGCUGCUGAGUAAAGCUAUUACCAGUGGCAGAACUAUUACUACUGCAGCUGAGAUAGCCUAUAAUUCUGUAUUAUUAAGUAAUUUAACAGUUAAUGGCAUAGGAAUAGUUUUUCAAGGAUAUUGUUUAAUUGAUAAGUAUCAAACACAAAAGGAAAUUGAUAUGUUAGAUGUGAUUGUUUUCACUUCGCAUAUUUUAUUCUUCAGCAAUACUCUAAUAAAUGUGAAAUUAGCUAGUCAACUUGUGCAAACGUCUCAGGGUACAAUUCUCGAAAAGAUUAAAAAUGCUUUGCGUUUAAAUCGUUUUGACGAGGAGUUUGGAAAAAGACAAAUAUUUAUGAAUUCAAAUAAAACGAAUGAAGAAAAUCAAUCUGGAGGUAUUGUAUGUAAAGCAAAGGAAGUUACCAAUGUAGAAGAUUUCUGUAGCAGUUUACCUAACAUGACUUGGAACAAUGGCAAAAUCUUUAUAAAUAAUAAGAUGUUUAUAGAUCCUAUCGUGUUUACAGGACGCUUGUUGAGUAUAGGUGCAUGUACAUAUAAUUUAAUACAAUCAAAUUCAUCGGCAUUAGAUUACAGUGAAAACAACAAUGUAAUAAUUAAAUUGAAAAACGCACUUAAGGAAAAAAUAAGAAAUUACUACGCGGACAAACAACCGUUAGAUGUACAGCUACCUGAUGUUAGUUAUUUUAAUAUUAUAUUACGUGAAAUUAAGUACACGAAUAACCCGUUAGAGAUUUUGACUAUGAUUUUCAAAAUUUCUGUUACUAUAAUGAAAUACUCUAGCAAUCCAGCACAUUUCUUGUUUGACGCCAUUUAUUUCACGUGGACGUACUGCAAAGCGAAUUUAAAAGAAUACGGUGUAACUGCUGGAUCUUCCACUAAUAAGCAAGUGUAUAACACUGUAACAAAUAUCGUUCACAUUUUACACGACAGCAUUGAUGAAGUAGCCAAUGAACUAUUUAUAGCUUUUUAUACCUACAUGUCGAAUACAAGGAUAAUCGUAUCCUCCGAGUUUUGUAGAUUCGAACGAUUUAUCUGCAAACGGUCAAUCUUCCUACUCUCGAAUACUGUCGGUAUAGUAGCUCUCCUUCGAUUUAUCCCGACGAUUUGCUUCAAACUGAAUCGUACACACGUUGAUCUAUCGUGCGAUCGAUACGAUUCUACCGUUUAUACACAGGGAUCAGAUUCUUCGAAAUUUUUGUCGAUUGAUCAAUAUUCUUAGGUUCGAUAAGCUCUUUUAAAAACUACCAAAGCAAAUCGUCAGAAUGAUUUAUCAUUAUACAUCC